AUGGCCCCACUCCAGAACAACACGCCAAUGACUGUCAAAGAGGAGCAGGAUAGGAGAGACCUGAUUUGCAUCCGAAUGGAGGCGGCCACGCCUCCAGUGUGCCGCGAUAGACCUAGCACGACUGUCUUUAAAGAAAACAAAACUGCCUACAGGUGUCACAAGCGCACUGAGCCCGCCGAUGAGGACAAAGACUACGUGAAGGUGGAUGAGGGCAAAGACUACGUGAAGGUGGAUGAGGACAAAGACUACGUGAAGGGAUUGGAGGUAGUGGAUGAGAUGGAGAUGAGCGACUGGGAGGAAAUUUGA